ACUUCAGAAACGAAGAAGAUUAAAACCUUUAUUCGCUAUUUGUCAAAAAUAUAAACAUGCCCCCUAAAAAGGAUAAAGGGGGUGCCAAAUCUGCAAAAUCAGGAAGAAACGACGAAUCAGGGGAUAAAGGAGGAAAAGAGAAAAAAGGCGGUACAGCAAUUAAAGUUAGACACAUACUGUGCGAAAAACAAAGUAAAUGUUUAGAAGCGUUAGAAAAAUUGAAAGCUGGUCAAAAGUUUCCAGAAGUAGCAGCUGCUUACAGUGAAGAUAAAGCUAGGUCAGGGGGAGACCUAGGUUGGAUGACCCGUGGUUCUAUGGUUGGCCCUUUUCAAGAUGCCGCAUUUUCAUUACCUAUAUCAAAUAUAGCUAAUCCUAUUUAUACAGAUCCCCCCAUUAAAACUAAGUUUGGGUAUCAUAUUAUUAUGGUUGAAGGUAAAAAAUGAAUUUGUUAUUUUCUUUUUUGUAAAUAAAAAAU